GGUGAACAGCAUUACUCAAUAAUAAUUCAUACAUCUAAAUUUUAUUUUCACACAAGAAUUAUUUUUAGAAUAUUUAAAGUAAUUCCUUACCCUUACAGCGAGGAAAGAAAGUUAUAGAAUGGCAGGUCCAACCUUGACAAUCAGACCUCUUGACAUUCCUCACAGAUUUUUUGAUACAUUCAGUGAGGUUAUCCUUAUCAGUCAACUGGUUUCGUCAGAUGCCAGUUUUCACUUUUGCCCAAAAUUCUUUGGUUGGAUUGAGGAAAGGCGAGUAUGGAGGCAGGGCAUUGUCAAUUACAAGGUAAUGAUCUUGCAUCUUGUGGGCAUCCAAGAAAUCCACCAUUUUUGUAAGAUACUCUGUAGUGCUCUGUGCGUGUUCCAAUCCUAGUUUUUAUAGAUUUGGAACUCUUGCCAUCUGUCUUUCGCUUCUUUUCAUACACUACUUUUUGGUCACUUCAAAGAAAUAUCAAUCACGCCAGCUUCUGAUCAAAUGAAGAUGGAAGCCAGUCUCAUCAAUAAACACACAAUUCUUCAAAAAGUCCAAAUGUGCGCUCUUUUCCCAUUCAAGAACACGCUCUCGUCUUAAAUUCAAAACUCUCUCAGUAUUUGUUUGCUAUAGCAACAUACUUUGUUAGAAUGAGCUUAGAAAGUCUAGAUGAUGAAAUCGCGUUCCAACUACUUGAUUUGGCAGGAG